AUGGCGUGUAGGCGGCGAGAAUGCUGCGUGGCUGUGCUGCUGGCCGCCGCCGCCUGGUGCGCCGCGGGGCCCGGCCCGCCCGCGCUGCACUUCUUUUGCGACCUCUACAACGUCACCAUCCCGGAGAACUCGCCGCCGCGCACCUACGCCGACUCGCCGCCCGCCACUGAGCCGCUCGGCGUACAGCUGCCUGUACAAGAGGCACGAAUCCGUUUUCGCAUUCGCCAUGGCGACCGCGACAAAUUCUUCAAGGCCGAGGACCACACUGUCGGAGAUUUCUGCUUUCUCCUCAUUCGUACGCGCGCAGGUCACUCUGAUGUGCUUAACCGCGAACGUCGCGACUCCUACCGCUUAGACGUGCGUGCUACUGCACAUAUGCCCGACGGUACACAGCUCGAGGCGGAUACGGUUGUCGUAGUCGAGAUUACGGAUGAAAAUGACUUGAGUCCGCUAUUUUAUCCGACGGAGUACGAAGCGCUCGUAACGGAGGAUACACCACUUCACUCCAGUAUUGCGCGCGUUACCGCUGAGGAUGCUGACAUUGGUAUCAACGGAGAAAUUUACUACAGCCUUGCUGAACCGACUGAUCGCUUUGCGGUGCACCCAACGAGUGGUGUAGUGACAACAACGCGCUUACUUGUGGCAUACUCUCGCCAUGAGAUAACAAUACUGGCACGAGACCGUGCAUCAUUACUUAUGCGCGGCGAAGAUGCUUCCGCUGCGCGCGCUACGUUAAUAGUUCGCGUAGCGCGCGUAAAUCUACAUGCUCCAGAGCUCCGUGUCCGUCGACUACCUGAACUUGUUGAAAAUUCUACUGCUGAGAUUUACGCCAUUAUAGAAGUAGUGGACCAAGACUUCGGAGAACACGGGCGCAUCGCCAGCCUUGAGAUUGUAGACGGCGACCCCGAUGGGCAUUUUCGUGUAAGGCCCUCCACACAACUGGGAGAGUAUGAUAUUUUAGUGCAUGCGUUACUGGACCGGGAGAUGGCCCCUCACGGCUAUAACCUUACCUUGCGCGCGUCUGACGCUGGAAAACCACCGCGGUCUUCAUAUCUCACCUUGCCUGUAACGCUCAUUGAUGCCAACGAUAACGCUCCUGUCUUUAGUCGUGAAACCUAUGAAGCGAACAUUCCAGAGACCGCACCGCCAAAUACGCCCGUUAUUAGACUUAAAGUUAGCGAUCGCGACGAAGGUCACAACGCACGUGUCUACAUUGAGAUAGUCGGUGGCAAUGAAGGUGGAGAAUUUGUCGUCAAUCCAGAUACUGGCGUGCUUUAUACAGCCGUUCCACUUGACGCCGAAGAAAAAUCGCUUUAUACACUUACAGUUUCAGCCAUUGACCAGGGAAAUGCUGGAACUCGUAAACAGUCUUCAGCUAAAGUUAAAAUAGCUAUUGUAGACGCGAAUGACAAUAAUCCCGUUUUUGAUAAAGAAUAUAUGGAAGUCACAGUAUUAGAGAAUGGACCUAGUGGCACGGUUGUGGCCCGUGUCUCGGCGAAAGAUGCUGAUUCUGGUGAAAAUGCUUACCUUUCUUAUAGCAUCGCUAACUUGCAACCGGUUCCAUUUGAGAUUGAUCAUUUUUCGGGUGCCGUGCGGACAACCAAGAUAUUGGAUUACGAGAGUAUGAGACGAGAAUAUUUUUUAAAAAUACGUGCUAGUGAUUGGGGUUUGCCUUAUCGGCGUCAAGCCGAAAUGCGACUCAAUGUACGCCUUCAAGACAUUAACGACAAUAGACCACAAUUUGAACGAGUUGAUUGCGUUGGCUACCUGCCCAGACGUUUAGCAAUAGGACACGAGAUUGCAACUCUCUCAGCUAUCGAUUUUGAUUCCGGCGAUGUCGUCUCGUACCGCAUAAUAGGCGGUAAUGAAGACAACUGUUUUUCACUCGAUUCAAGCACUGGCGUUUUAAGCCUUUCUUGUGAUCUGGCUGACGUGCGAACUGAGACUAGAGUGCUAAAUGUUACUGCGACGGAUGGUACGCACUUCGCUGAUCCUGCUUGUCUGACGCUUCACUUAGUAGGCGGCAGCGGUGGCGAUAGCAGUGCGCUCGAAUGUCGCGACACCGGUGUGGCGCACCGUCUAAUCGAGUUACUAGCCGCAGCAGAACGAAGCAAUGCCCCCAUAGACUUUGCCGAAGAUUUUCCGCUGGCACCUUCUCGAUAUGGAGAAAAUUUACAUGUACCUGAAUUCAUCGACUUUCCCGUAGAGGUUAAAGUAAACGAAUCCGUAGCCUUAGGUACAUCGCUGGUGCGCUUGCAUGCUCGUGACCGUGACCUGGGCUAUAAUGGCCUCUUAGUUUACGCUAUUUCAGGUGGCGACGCUGACUCUGCCUUUCGUAUUGACCCAGACACUGGUGAACUCAAAGUAAUCGGCUACUUGGACCGUGAAAGAGAAAGUGAAUACUAUUUAAACGUGACUGUCUACGAUUUGGGAGUACCUCAACGCUCUAGCUCACGAUUACUUCCAGUGACUGUGCUAGACGUGAACGAUAACCCUCCAAGUUUCGAGAAAACCUUAGCGAGUUUUCGUGUAACAGAAAAUGCUAUAAAUGGUACCGCAAUAUUUCGAGCAAAUGCGACGGAUCGCGAUGCGGGUGAAUUUUCCCAUAUCACUUACAGUUUAAGUGGUGCCGGCGAGGGUGAGUUCUGUGUAGAGCGCGAUACGGGCGUUUUAAUGGUGUGUGCUGUCCUUGACCGCGAGCGGCAGGCACUGUAUGAACUCACGAUCCGCGCUACGGAUGGAGGUGGUCUGCGCUCCGAGGCACUGGUGCGCGUUGCCGUGGAUGACGUAAAUGACAACGUACCGCGCUUCGCCCUGUCCUCAUAUAGUGCGCGCGUACGCGAAGACGUGCCUAUAGGAACACCAGUUGCAGUUCUUGAAGCUUUCGAUCCUGAUCUCGGCGCUAGCGGAAUGGUCACUUACUCGCUGCCCGAUCAGUCUCCUGACGAUAUCGUUUUCACAGUCGACAGUACCUCGGGUACUAUCCGUACUGCAAAACUUCUCGACUACGAGGAAAAACAGGUGUACGGCCUGACGGUGCGCGCCAUGGAUGGGGGGCGGCCGGCGAUGUGGGGUGAGGCCACGCUGGUGGUAGAGGUGGGUGACGUGGACGAAAACCGGCGCUCGCCUCAGUUUGAAGCUCGAGGUGCGCUGGCGUUGACAGUGCGAGAAGACGCAGCUCCAGGAGCGACCGCCGGCUUCCUGCGUGCAACUGAUGCGGACCCACCUGGCCGCGACUCACGUCUCUCCUACUACGUGCUCGACGGAUCCGGCAUGGCGCACUUCUCCGUGGAUGACACCGGGCUGGUGCGCACGCUGACGCCGCUGGACCGCGAGACGAUGCCGCACUACUGGCUCACCGUGUGCGCGGAAGACCAGGGUCUCGUGCCGCGCCAGGCCUGCAUACAGGUUUUCAUCGAAGUGGAGGACGUGAACGAGCUGGCGCCGUGGCCGCUGCGCGCGGCGUACAGCGCGCGUGUGGCGGAGCAGUGCGCCGCCGGCACGCACGUGGCCACCGUGCGCGCCGCGGACGGCGACGCCGCGCCCGAGCCCACACGCGUGCGCUACGCCAUCGUGGCCGGCAACCCCGACGGCCUGUUCGCGAUCCACGAGGACACUGGUGAGAUCGUAACGACGGGGCGCACGCUGGACCGCGAUACGGCGGCGACGCACGCGCUAGAGGUGUCCGCGUCGGACGGCGAGCUGACCUCCAGCGUGCGCGUGCGCAUCGCACUUGCUGACAUCAACGACCACAAACCCACAUUCACGCAGCGCUUCUACGACUUCCACGUGCCUGUGCGCGACGACGAGGAUGAUGAAGUAGUGACAGAAGGUGCAGAAAGUAGCGCAGAGGGCGAGGGGGAGGGGGCGGGAGAAGAAGAAACUGAUAGCGAGUUGGAGAAGGAGGACGAGCGACUUGUCUGGGACGAAUGGGACGAGCCGGAUCCCAGUUACAUCUACGUUGCCACGGUGCUGGCGCUGGACAGCGACGAGGGCGAGAACGGCACGGUGCUGUACAGUGCGCGCGCGCGAGGUGCGGCCCGCGGCCUGCUGCGGGUGCGCGCGCGCUGCGGCCGGCUGUACGCCGCGCGCGCGCUCGCCCUGCGGCGCCGCGCGUACGACUUCACCGUGCGUGCUUGCGACGGCGGGAGGCCCGCGCGUUGCGCGCUGAGCCGCGUGCGAGUGCGCUGCAUUAAGGCGGGCGGCGGGCGCGCGCCGCGGCUGGGCCCGCCCGCGCCGCUGCAGGCCGCCGAGCUGGACGCGCCCGGCUUCCUGCUGGCGCUGCUGCAGGCCACCGACCCCGACAACGACGCACUCUACUACGACAUUGUCGACGGCGACCCGGAGAACGACUUUGUGGUGGGGCGCGAGGACGGCAGCCUGGUGGUGGCGCGCCGCCUGCUGUGGGAGCGCCGCGCGCGCUAUGCGCUCAAUGUCUCCGUCACUGAUGGCCGCAACACCAUCUACACCACGGUAAAUAUCUCGGUGAUUAACGACGCCAACGAGGGCGGCGUGAAGUUCGAGCAGGAAGAGUAUUCGGUUGAGGUGUCGGAGAGCGCGCGGGUGGGCGACGUGUUGCUAACGCUGCGGGCGCGGGUGCUGGCGGGCGCGGGGGCAGGCGCGGGUGCGGCGGGGGGACUUGUGGGGCGCGCGGCGCCGCGGCUGCUGUACGGGCUGCAGGGCGCGCGUGCGCCCGCAGACGCCGCGUUGUUCCGCCUGCCCGAGCUCACCGGCGUGCUGCCGCUCGCCCGCCCACUCGACAGGGAGAGUGCGGCGCUACACGAGCUUACGGUGUGGGCACGCGACCAGGCGCCGCGCGCGUCGCUCACGUUUGCGCGCGUGUCCGUGCGCGUGCGCGGUGCUGACGAGCACGCGCCCGCCUGGCCGCGCCGCCUGGUACAGGCGCGCGUGCCGCGCACCGCCGCACCCGGCACGCUGCUUGUGGCCCUGCGCGCCGCCGACCGCGACGUGCCCGCCGAGCUGCCGCGCUACUCGCUGCUGCACGACGCGGGCCUGUUCGCCGUGGACGCGCUGGGCGACGUGAGGCUGGUGCGCGCUCUGCCUGUAGUGGGCCCGCGCGACUACACGCUGCAGGUGCGCGCGCGAGGCCCGCCGCCCGCAGAGCACACCGCCACGCUGCCGUUGCACGUGCUCGUCGUCGAGCCGGACGAUUCGCCGCCCAGGUUCGUAAGCGAGGAGGUGGUAUGCGAGGUGUACGAGAACGAGCCGGCGGGCACCGUGGUUGCGACACUGGAGGCGCGUAGUAACACCGCCGUGUGGUACUCGCUGAGCGGCGGCGACGGCAUGUUUCGUUUGAACCCGGCCGCCGGAGUGCUCGCGCUCGCCGCACCACUCGACUACGAGACCUGCGCGCUCUACAACCUCACCGUUACCGCACUCAACAUGGGCAGCGGGCGAGCGGAAGCACGCGUAACGGUGCACGUGCUGGACCGCAACGAGUUCGCACCGGCGCUGCUGCGACGCGAGUACACCGGACGUGUGUCGGAGGCGGCGGCGCCGGGAACACUGGUGGCGGACGCCGGCGCAGCGCCGGGCUCGCCGCUCGUGCUGCGGGCCGCCGACGCCGACUCGGCCGCGCACCAGCAACGUGCUUACGAGAUCCUGCAGCCGGCCGCCGCCGCGCUCUUCCACCUCGACGACACCACCGGCGCGCUCUCUCUCGCCGCCCCGCUCGACUACGAGCGCGCCACCGUUCACGAGUUCACUAUCAAGGUGGUCGACAUGGGAAAUCCACGCCUGCCGUCAGAUAGCGUGGCUAAUGUAAAAGUGGAGGUAACGAACGUGAACGAUUGUGCGCCGCAGUUCUCGCAGGCGACAUACGAAGCUACCGUUCUGCUGCCCACCUUGGCGGGAGUCCGCGUGCUUAUGCUGGACGCUAGCGACGCCGACGAACCAAACAACGCCUCGCUGACGUUCGACAUCCUGGAGUGCAAUCCAGAUGGUGCCUUUACGCUGUCUUCAAGCGGCGAACUGCUCGUAUCGUCAGUGGAGGCACUGCGCGCCGAACAUCGACUGCGUGUGCGUGUCUCGGACGGGCGCUACUCGGCUACGGCGCGCGUGCUGGUGCUCUCUCGUGAGCCCGACAACGCCGGAUUGGCCUUCCAGAAGACCGACUAUUAUGGUUCCGUGCUUGAAAACACCACCAAGCCCGCCACCAUAGCCGUUCUCAACGUACUCGGUGCUGCACUCAAUGAACAUGUCGAAUUCUCUAUACUUAAUCCGACUGAAGGCUUUGAGAUCGGUUUGACAUCGGGCGCGGUGGUGGGGCACGGCGCUUUGCUGGACCGCGAGGCGCGCGCCACCUACACGCUGCUGGUGUGCGCGACGGCCGGGCCGCGCCAGGCGCGCGCGCGCCUGCAUGUGACCGUGAGCGACGCCAACGACAACUGCCCGCGCUUCGUGGAGCGCCCGUACGUGGCCGCGCUGCCCGCCGGCGCGCCGCCCGCCGCGCCCGUACUGCGUGUGCGUGCCCAAGACCGCGACGCCGGCGACAACGGCGAGGUACGCUACGAAAUGAAACGCGGAAACGGUGAACUGUUCCGUGUGGACAGGCGCACCGGCCAGAUCACGCUCAAACAAACACUCGAGGCGCAUAAACAACUCUACACGCUAGUUAUUGCUGCUUUCGACGGAGGCUCGCCGGCGUGCGGCGCCGAGGCGGAGGUGUCGGUGCGCGUGUGGGGCGGCGGCGCGGCGCCGCGCUGGCCGCAGCCGCACUACACGCUGCGCGCGCGCGAGGACGCGUCGCCCGGCCGCGAGCUGGCGCCGCGCUUGCCCGCCGCCUCGCCGCUCGCGCGCCCACUCAUCUACACGCUGCACGCCGGCGCCAAGGACCUCUUCGAGGUGCAUUUCGACACAGUGCCCGACGGAGGGAACGACCCAUGCGCGGUGGUGCUGCGCGGCGCGCUGGACUACGAGCGCGCGCGUGGACACGAGCUUGUGUUGCGCGCCACUGACGGCGUGACCGGCGCCUUCGCCGACGUAUCCGUCACGGUGCAGGUGCUCGACGUCAACGACUGCGCGCCAGAGUUCACGCAGGACGAGUAUCACGCUACCGUUUCCGAGGCUGCGGCCGUCGGUGAUCUCGUCCUAAUCGUCUUAGCUACCGACAACGACACCGGCGCCAACGGGAACGUGACGUACUCAGUGUGGGAGUGGGGCGCGGGAGAACGUGCGCCGCAGUUCUCGGUGUCGGCGCGCGGCGAGGUGCGCGUGGCGGCGGCGCUGGACCGCGAGACGCGCGCGCGCCACCACCUGCUGCUGGCCGCCACCGAUGCCGGCCACCCCGCGCUGCGCACCACCGCGCACCUUCUCAUCACCGUGGAGGACGUGAACGACAACUCGCCGCGGAUGGAGCGUGGCGUGGUGACGGCGCCGGUGUCGGCGGAGGCGACGCGUGGCGUGGCGCUGGCGCGCAUAGCGGCCUGGGACCCGGACGCAGCCGACGCGCCGCGGCUGCGCUACGGGCUAGCCGGCGCGCCCACGCACCGCGCACUGCGCUUGGACCCGGCCAGUGGGCUACUCACGCUGGCCGACCCGAGCGCGCCAAUACCGCGCUCGCUGAACGUGUCCGUGUCGGACGGCGCGUACGCGGCCUUCGCGCGCGUCGAGCUCGUGCCGACGCCCGCCAAUCGCGCCGCGCCGCACUUCCCGCACCUCGUGCACGAGGCGCGCGCAAGAGAGAACCAGCCGCCGCCGCUGCUGCUCACCACGGUGAAAGCGUACGACGAGGACGCGGGCGAGUACGGCGCAGUGACGUAUUCGAUUCCGUCGGCACGGCUGCGCGACACGUUCGCGGUGGACGCACGCAGCGGCGCGCUGACGACGCGUGUGCCGCUGGACCGCGAGGCGCGCGCCGAGUGGCAGGUGCCGGUGCUGGCCAGCGACGGCGGCGGCCGCCUGGCACACACCACGGUGCGCGUGCGUGUGCUCGACCUCAACGACUGUGCGCCGAGCUUCCCGCUGCGCGAGUACCGCGCCGCUGUGCGCUACGACCACACGCCCGGAGUGCCGUUCCUCACGCUGCGCGCGCAUGACCCAGACGCGCCCGACAACUCGCGCCUCACCUACACCGUGUACGAGGGCGAGCUGCAUUCUGAAUCCAGCGGCCUCUUCGCCGUAGACCCCGUCACUGGCGCGCUCUCCUUCGCUCGCAACGCGACCGCUUUCGCUGGGCGGUCGCUGCAGGUGUGGGUGCGCGCGCGCGAUGGCGGCGGGCUGGCGGGCGAGGCGCCGGUGUCGCUGCACGUGCUGGCGGGCGGCGUCGCGCCGCGCCUCAAGCGGCCGCCGCCCGCCCUGUUCCUGCGCGAGGACGCGCCGCCCGGCACGCUGCUCGCCGCGCUGGCCGACGUAGCCGACGGCACAGACGACGAGGCGCCGCGCUACCGCCUCGCAGACUCACCGUCGAGCGACCUUUUCGCGGUCGACGCGGCCGGCCGCCUCGUGCUCGCCGCGCCGCUCGACCGCGAAUCUGCUGCCGAACAUGUUAUAGGCAUAAUUGCGGAGGGGCCGGGCAGCCCGGCGCCGAGUGUCAUGGUGAUAACAACAUUACACGUGCUCGACGUCAACGAACACGCUCCCUCGUUCCACUCGCAGCCGUACGUCGUACAUCUCGCUGAAAACACGCCUCCAAAUUCAAACAUAAUUCAAUUGAUGGCCGACGACCCGGACUCGGGGUCGAACGGCGAGGUGCGGUACUCGCUGGGCGAGGCGGAGGGCGCGGAGGGUGCGGGGGGCGAGGGGCUACCGUUCGCGGUGGAGGCGCAGGGCGGGUGGGUGCGGCUGGCGCGCGCGCUGGACCGCGAGGCGCGCGCCGAGUACCGCGUGGCGCUGCUCGCCGCGGACGGCGGCUCGCCGCGCCGCGCCGCCCGCGGCACGCUCGUCGUGCGCCUGCUCGAUUACGACGACUGCCCGCCGCUCUUCCACCAAGACCUCUACGAGGCUGAGGUGCGCGAGGACGCGUCGGCGGGCACAGUGGUGGCGCGGCUGCACGUGGCGGACGCGGACGCAGCGGCCGCGCCACUCGCCUACUUCGUGGCGGCCGGCGACCCCACCGCGCGCUUCCAGAUGCGGGCCUCGUCCGCCGCCUCCCUCUCCCCCGCCGCAGAGCUGUACGUGGCGCGCACGCUCGACCGCGAGCACACGCCGCGCUACGACCUGUCCGUCGCCGCCACUGACGGCAAGUUCACCGCCUACACGCGCGUGUUGCUCACCGUGCUCGACGUCAAUGACAACCCACCGUACUGCACGCAGCACCGCCUCCGCUUACGACUGACAGAGGACACAGCACGAGGCUCGCGCGUGGCGGCGCUGCACGUGCGCGACGACGACGAGCCACACAACGCGCGCCUGCGCUUCUACCUCACCGGCGAUAACGCAACGCACUUCGCCAUACACAAGGAAACCGGCGUGAUAACGGUGGCUGAAGAGCUAGAUCGUGAAACAAUAUCUGAGUACAAAUUGGUAGCGCAUGCGCAAGACCGAGACCGCCCCAAGUGGGAGUGUAGCACCGAACUAGAGGUGUCACUCGACGACAUCAACGACAAUGCGCCGCGCUUCUCCGCGGAAGUUUACAGCGUCACUCUGCCGGAAGACGCCGACAUCGGUUCUCUCGUUGCGAAAGUACACGCUACGGAUGCCGACCUGGGUGAAAACAGCCUCGUCCGAUACUCGUUCGUAGAUGAAGGCAACGAGGCAUUCGAGCUGGCGGGCGACAGUGGCAUCAUCACGCUGCGCGCGGCGCUAGACCGCGAGACGCUGGCCGAGCACCGGCUGCGAGUGCGCGCAAGUGACGCAGCCACGCCGCCGCGCACCUCCACCGCAACCGUGCGUCUCACCGUUGCCGACGUCAACGAUAACCCGCCCGAGUUCGACUUCAGGCAUUACCACGUGGCCGCACCCGAGCUGGACGCGGUCGGCACCGAGCUGCUACGCGUGCGCGCCACGUCGCGCGACACCGGCGUUAACGCGGACGUCUUUUACUCGCUUGUCGCCGGCGACGACCGCGAAGACUUCGCCAUCGGCCGCAUGAGCGGUGCCCUGACGAUAGCGCACCUUCUCGAUUUUGAGCGCAGGAAGCAAUAUAUCUUGACAGUGCAGGCCCUCGACGGCGGGACCCCGCCGUUGAGCGACCAUGCCACCAUCAACGUCACCGUCCUGGAUGCCAAUGACAACGCGCCGGUGUUCUCGCAGACAUCCUACGGGGCGCGCGUACAUGAGGACGCGACGGUGGGCACGCGCUUGCUACAAAUGAUCGCCGACGAUGCGGACGCGGGCGCCAACGGUCGCGUGAUGUACGCGAUCGUGCGCGGCGACCACGAGAACCGCUUCGCCGUGGACGCCGACACUGGCUACGUGUCGGUGGCGGCGCCGCUGGAUCGUGAGGCGACGCCCGCCUACGUGCUGGAAAUUCGCGCGCGCGACAGCGGCUUGCCGUCGCUUGAGGCCUCCGCUUUUCUUAACAUCGAGGUGCUAGACUGUAACGAUAACCCGCCACUUUUCGCACAGACCAACUACACCACGAUCGUUCAGGAAGAUAAGCCGCUCGGUCACACUAUUUUAAAAUUUGUCGUCGAGGAUGCUGAUGCUGCGCCGAAUACGGCACCCUUCACGUUCGACUUUCAAUCGGGUAACGAAAUGGGUGCGUUCCGCUUGGAGCCGGACGGAUAUUUGCGAUCUGCCACUCGAUUCAACCAUCGCAUCAAAGACCGAUAUGUUUUACAAGUGCGCGUAUUCGACAAUGGAGCUCCGCCUCUAUUCUCCGACGCAUGGGUUUAUAUCAAAGUUAUUGAAGAAUCUCAUCAUCCGCCGGUCGUUACGCCGCUUGAAAUAGUCAUAAACUCUUACCUCGAUGAAUUUCCCGGUGGAUUAAUAGGACGUGUGUUCGCUUUGGACCGAGACGCUUACGAUACUUUAACUUACGCGCUCGCUCCCGUAGACGGUGCACCCUAUCCGUCUACUGAUCUUUUCGGAAUCGACACCGCAGUAGGUACUCUGCGUGCUGCACCACGAAUAGACGUUGGGGACUACCGUCUCAACGUGACCGUUGACGACGGCAAAUUCGUCAGCUUUGCCAUAGUUCACGUAGCCGUCGUGCUGGUCUCGGAAGAAAUGCUCGCGCAGGCGAUCGUCAUUCGCUUCAGGGAAGUGACCGAUCGUGAUUUCGUUCUUAGCCAUCGAAAAGGAUUUAUUCGCGCCGUCCACGAAGCGACUGGGUGCCGGCAGACGGACGUGGUGAUCAUCGGCGUGCAGUCGUGCGACGACGACUUCGAAGAAAAGUCGGAGCGACCUCGACGCACCGCCCGCGAGGUGGCGCAAGACCUGGAUGUGGCGUUCGCGGUACGUGCGGGUGACGGUGGCGGCUUCCUGCCCGCGGAUGCACUGCGUCGCGGCCUGCACGCACACCUCGAGCACCUGGAGGAGGGCGCGCGCCUCGUGGUGGAGGAGCUGGUGCGCGCGUCGUGUGGCGGUUGCGUGCACGGCACGUGCGCGGAGCGCGUUCAGCUGCGAGCCGCUGGCGUGCGCGCCGUCGCCACUGACGUGUUCUCGCUGAUCGUGGCGCCGUUCCGUCUGCGUGCUGAAUGCGCGUGCACGCCAGGCUACGGUGGCGAGCGCUGCGAGCGCGCACUGCCCGCCUGCGCGAGCUGCGGCGUUGCUCGCUGUGAGCCCGCGCCUGACUGGCCCGGCUACCGCUGCUGCGAGAAUGACGCGGAUGCGAACGUGGAUGGGGAGGAGGAGUGCCGUUCACCGCCCGCCGUCGCCUACUUCCCAGGCGAUGGCUAUCUCGCGUACGACCUCGACGGUGGCGUGGUGGAUGGCGAGCGGACGCCGGAGGACGUGCUGACGGUGUCGCUGCGGUUCCGCACGCGGCGCUCGCGCGGCGUGCUGUUGCACGUAGCGGGGCUCAUGGACUACGCGGUGUUGGAGCUGGCGGAAGGGCACGUGCAGUUCCGCAUGGAGCUGGGUGGCGGGGAGGUAGCGCUGCGCGCGGGCGGACACGUGGCGGACGGCGCGUGGCACGUGGCGCGGCUGGAGCGGCGUGGCGCCGGCGCGCGGCUCACGGUGGACGGCCGCUCGGCGCGCGCGCAGGCGCCGCCGCGCCACCAGCUGCUGGACGCGCGCGCGGCCCGCCUACUGCUUGGCGCUGCGUUGCUGCGACAUGCCUAUGCAACCGCGCCCGAGCAGGUCACGUACGGCUUUCACGGGUGCAUGAGCGACGUGAAGAUCGGGUCGAGCGUCGCGCCGCUGUCGGAAGGCGGGUCGUCUGUUGAUGGGCGCGUGCAGCUGGCGCGACGCGUGCGCGUGCGCGUGGCAGCCGCCUGCCCCGCGCUGCCGGCGCCCGGCGCCUGUGACGCAUACCCGUGUCUGCACGGUGGUACGUGCCGCGAGCUGCCGCCGCUGCUGGAGGGCGGCGACGUGUUCCAGUGCACGUGCCACGCACGCUUUGCCGGCCGCCUGUGCGAGGUGGACACGGACCCGUGCGCAUCGCAGCCGUGCCUGCACGGAGGCCACUGCUCUCCGGAGCGCGGCGGCUUCCGCUGCGAGUGCGUGGCGGGCCUGUCCGGCGAGCGGUGCGAGCGCGGGCGCUGGUGUGUGGCUGGUGUGUGUGAGCACGGCGGCGCCUGCGAGGAGGGCGAGCGCGGGCCCUCGUGCCGCUGCCGGGGGUACUACGGCCCACGCUGCGAGCACGACGUCGACGAGUGCGUGGGUGAGCCCUGCCUCAACGGAGCCACCUGCCUCAACGAGCCGGGCUCAUUCCGCUGCCUCUGUCCGCCGGACAAGACUGGCAUGAACUGCGGCAACCCGCUGUACUCGGAUGCGGUGGUGGCAGGCGAGGCGGCGGGUGCGGAGGGCGUGCUCGACGUGCGGUCGGCGUGGCGCUGGGCGGUGCGAGCGCGCUGGCCGCUAGGCGCGGCAGCGGUCGCGGCGCUGCUGCUGCUGGCCGCGUGCGCCGCAUGCGCCGCUCCCGCGUUGCACCGCCGCGGUCCGGCGCCGCCCGCCGCGCCGCUCAACAGCGCGCUCGACAAGGCGCCACAGCCGCGCGCGUCCAAGCUGUCCAACCUGGAGGCGUCGCGGCGUGAACGUCCUACCUCCUGCGCGGAGCCGCCGCCGCUCAACAACAUCGACACGCUGCGCAGCUACGGCUCGGCCGGCGACGAGCUCGAGGGCAUCCCGCCUGACUACCUGCGCAACCUCAACAUCGACCUUUCCGACCGCAAGCCCUGGUCCGAGCAGAUGCAUUUGCAAACAUUUGUUGACAACAAAAUUUACAACGAUCUGAAAGGCUACAAGCGGCAGCCGCGAGCACUUCCGGUUGUUCUGGCGGGUGCGGGCGAACCGCACAUGGUGGGUGGCUACCACUGGGACUGCUCGGACUGGUGCGGCGGCGGCGCGCUGCCCGGCAUCAGCGAAGUGGCGGGCUCGGAGCGCCCGGACUCGUCGUCGUCGCCAUCGCGUGCCUCGCCAGCGCCGCGCGCGCGUGUGCCGCGCCAUGCCCGCGUACGCGCUGCGUCCCGCACCUCGCCCCGCACCUCCCCUCGCACUUCGCCCGCCUUGUCCGCCUCGCCCGCACCCGCCGCCGACACGGACUCGGCGCCAGACAACCUGGACCGAGACCUCGACACGUUGCGCUCCACCGAUGCGAGUUCGUACCUGCUGCACCCGGACGAGUACCUGCCGGCGGCGGCGAGCGACGACACGUUACGUGCACGUGGUCUGCGGGAAUCCGAUGCCGCCAGCCUCAUCACCAUGCUCGCAGAGGAGCGGCACUCGCUGCUGGGCGACGCGGGCUCGUGCAGCGACCUGUCGGCCAACCUGUGCGAGAUCGAGGACUCGGAGGCGGAGAGUGCGGGGGGCGCGAGCACGGCGCGGCACACGGACGUGUGA